AUGCUUGAUUUCGUACAUUACCAGGAUGGAGCCGCCUGCAUCCCUGACGAUAUCAGUGUUCAGCUCCCCCUACGACUUUUUGACGACGACCUGCUGGCCAAGCCCAGACGUGGUCGAAUACCGACGAGGCCCCCCAAUAAUUUCCUAAUUUUUAGGACAGCAUAUACGAGGGUCCUGCAAUCGCGGGGCUUUUGGGACUUAAGAAUGAGAGAGGUCACCCGAAGGGCGGCGAAAGCAUGGUCUGACGCAUCGGCGGAUGUCAAAGCCGAAUGCAGGAGGUUAGCUUCCCACGCUAAAAAGAGACAUGAAGAGGUAUAUGGACCACCUCCAAAGAGAACCAGAAAAAGGCGACAAAACGUCGCUAGGCUUGAAAAUAACGCCGAGCAAAUACCCAUUGCCGAUGCAAUGGUGUUCCCUACACCACAACCUGCAUCGUUUUUUUAUGAAGACAUCAUAACGCCAUCAUUUAACUGGCAGCCGGAAAUCACUUAUCAAAUGUUCUCUCCAAACAGUGACGAAGAUAACCAACAAUACACCGCGAUAUAUCCCGAAAUUUAA